CGGUGGCACAAAAAGCCCCACCGACUUUCCGGCCAGCUCAGCGCGUCAGACCUGCGGUGUUGUCAGUUAACAGCCCACUGAUAUCAGUUGUGUUGUUCGCCUAUUGCAAGCGGUGCGGAAUCAGUCGAACCCCGCAGAGAUGGUGCUGCUGACGAUGAUCGCUCGGCUGGCUGACGGACUACCGUUGGCCGCGUCCAUGCAGGAAGACGAACAGCUGGGACGUGACCUGCAACAGUACCAAAGUCAAGCUAAGCAGCUAUUCAGGAAACUCAACGACCAAAGUCCGACACGCUGCACUUUAGAAGCAGGCUCCAUGGCAUUUCAUUAUCUUAUAGAAAAAGGAGUGUGCUACCUGGUGCUGUGCGAAGCUAGUUUCCCCAAGAAGCUGGCCUUUGCUUACCUAGAAGACCUGCAGGCAGAGUUUCAUGAGCAGCAUGGGAAGAGGGUCCCCACAGUGUCACGGCCGUACUCCUUCAUUGAAUUUGACACAUACAUCCAAAAAACAAAGAAAUCCUACAUCGACAGUCGCGCGAGACGGAAUCUCGGCAGCAUCAACACAGAGCUCCAAGAUGUGCAGAGGAUCAUGGUGGCCAACAUAGAAGAGGUGCUGCAGAGAGGAGAAGCUCUCUCGGCUUUGGACUCCAAGGCCAGUAACUUGUCCAGCCUGUCAAAGAAGUAUAGAAGUGAUGCCAAGUAUCUGAAUACCCGCUCCACCUAUGCCAAGCUGGCUGCUGGAGGAGUCUUCUUCAUCAUGUUCAUCGUCUAUGUUCGCUUCUGGUGGCUCUAAGAGGCGGAAGAGAAUCCACGUGGAGGAGGAGCUGCAGGCCCACAGAAAGCUGUGGUCUGUGACUAAAAACACAACCCCUGCCCUGAAUAAGACUCUGCAGACCAUACGCUCUGUGUUCCGUGAUCUGAUGUCAUUAAGAAUUAUUUAAUUAAUGGCAGUUAAACUCGUGAUCUUGUAGUUGCUCUGGAGUCUGGUUAAGGAAAGAUUGUUUCAGAUUCGAAUUGGGGUUGAAAAAAAAGUAAGUUGAGUGACAAAGAAGAAGUUGUGUGUUCCGUGAGCUUCCACAGUUCUGACUGGUAUUUCAUUUUAUCCUGUAAACAUUUUUUUAUAAUCGCAAAUGCUUUAUGUUGAGUUGUAUUGGGAUCUGAUAGAACAACACAUGACUUUUAAAGGUUCUUAUUUCAAGCCUUGCACCUGUUCUCACACCACUAGUAGGCCAUGAGUGGCACCAUAAACCCUGAUGCUGUCCCACAACGUCGCUGUGUGAACCUCAUGUACCUGGCUCCAAGUAUCAGAUGUACAUUAAGGUUCUCCCUGUUCCCUCCAUUGACUUAAGUUCACACUAGUUAAGAUGAACAAUUGAGGUUGAAAUGUAUAGCAACAGCUGAGGUCUAACCGCUGCACCUUUUCUUUUUCUCCAGUCUGUUCUCUGUUCUAUGAAUAAAAUCAUCUGCACAUCUAA